CACGAGAGUUUGUUUCUGACGGACAUUAGUGACGCGCACCUCUCUCAACUGAUCACAUGACUGUAAAGCAAGCAAACCUUUACAUAAUUUUAUUUGAUUCGCUCUGAUUUAUGUUUGAAUCCAGUGCAUUGACUUUAAAAUAAACAUAUAAGAUGUUGUUAGUUUUAUCAGACGAGCAGAAGCAGCAUUUGUGUUUUUUAUCGGAAGCGGAUAAUGUUGUUGUUGGUGAGUUUGGCAGAAUUGCUCUGGAGUUUCUGAAAAAGGGCUCAAACCCCAAAAUAUACGAAGGAGCUGCACGUAAGCUGAAUGUAUCAUCAGAUACUGUACAGCAUGCUGUGGAGGGAUUGAUGUACCUUCUCACCGAGAGCUCAAAAGUGAUGAUCUCUGAGGUGGAUUUUCAGGACUCUGUGAUGGUGUUAGGAUUCAGUGAAGAGCUCAAUAAACUUCUACUUCAGCUCUAUGUGGAGAACAGGAAAGAGAUUCGACAGAUCCUCUGUAAUCUCAGCCCAAAUCUCCCACAUUAUCACAAUCUGGAGUGGCGGCUGGAUGUUCAGUUGGCCAGCAGGGCUCUUCGGCAUCAGGUGAAGCCCACUGUGACCCUAAAGCUUCAUCUGGAGGAGGGUGGGACGCGUCGCGCACAGGUGCUGCAGACGGAUCCGGCCACCCUACAUCAUCUGAUUCAGGAGAUGGAGCGAGCGCUCACUGAGCUCAAGAGCAACCACUGCCGUCGCAUCCUCCGCAACAUUAAAUAAUAACAUCACCAUCACAGAGAUCAGCACUGAAGAACACUU